AUGCCCUGUCACGGUGAUGGGAUGCUGAGGGAGAAGGAAGAGCACCAACCUCAGCAGGAAGAUGCUGAGCAAGACGAACCACACGGGGCAUUAUUGCAAAUAUCUGAGGAGGAUGUGUCCAGGAGUGGUGAGCAGAGAGAAGGAUGUGAGAGUCAGCACAGGCCAGAGAGGAAGCAGGGAAACAAGCCAAGGCAGAAAUUGAAUAAAUCCAUUAAUAGUUGGGGACCUCACAAAUACGUCAAGAAAACCACAGCCCAGCAGAAAAUCCAGGCAGGAGCGAGAAACAACACAUGCUCUGAGUGUGGGAAAAAUUUCAGUAGCCGCUCAGUUCUUCUUAAACAUCAGAAGAUCCACACAGGAGAGAGACCCUAUGAAUGCCGUGAGUGUCAGAAAAGCUUCACUCACAGAUCAUCCCUUAUUAAACAUCGGAGGAUACACACAGGAGAGAGACCCUAUGCGUGCUGUGAGUGUGGCAAAAACUUCAUUGACAGCUCAGCCCUUAUUAAACAUCAGAAAUUCCAUGCGGGAGAGAGACCCCAUGAAUGCAGUGAGUGCGGGAAAAGCUUCACUCAGAGCUCGGACCUCAUUACGCAUCAGCGAAUCCACACAGGAGAGAGACCCUAUGAAUGCACUGUGUGUGGGAAAAGCUUCACUCAGAGAGCAUCCCUUAUUAAACAUCAGCGAACCCACACAGGAGAGAGACCCUACGAAUGCUGUGAGUGCGGGAAAAGCUUCACGGACAGCUCUCUCCUUAUUAAACAUCAGAGGAUCCACACGGGGGAGAGGCCCUAUGAAUGCAGUGAGUGUCAGAAAAGCUUCACAGACAGCUCAGAUCUUAUUAAACAUCAGAGAAUCCACACCGGAGAAAAGCCCUAUGAAUGUGGUGAGUGCGGGAAAAGCUUCACUGACAGCUCAGACCUGAUUAAACACCAGCGAAUCCACACCGGAGAGAGACCACAUACAUGCUGUGACUGUGGGAAAAGCUUCACUCAGAGAUCAUGCCUUAUUAAACAUCAGCGAAUCCACACAGGGGAACGACCCUAUGGAUGCGCUGAGUGUGGAAAAAGCUUCACUUGGCGCUCCAACCUUAUUACACAUCAGAAAAUCCACACAGGUGAGAGACCCUAUGGGUGCGGUGAGUGUGGGAAAAAAUUCAUAGACAACUCAGCACUUUUGAAACAUCAGAGAAUCCACAUGGGAGCCAGACCUUAUGAAUGCGGCGAGUGCGGGAAAAACUUCACUCGGAGCUCCAACCUUAUUAGACAUCAGAGGCUCCACACCUCAUAGAGACACUCUAGAUGCUCUGAGUGUGGGAAAAACGUCUAUCCUUACUUAUCGGGCCAACCGAUUUUUUUUUGCUGCCCUAGCAUGGUUAGGGGUGAAGGGUUUAACCUUGAACUCUUUUUUUUUUUCUUCUUGUUUUAACUGUUUUUCUUCAACCCUUUUCAGACUACGACUUUUUCGAAUUGCAGCCACUUUUGCUUUUUUAACAUGGCUUGAGAGCCCAGCUUUGUUUUACAUUCCCCGUGAUCUGCGUCGGUUUUAUUUGGGGAUUUUUUUAGUAAGGCAGUAACUUUUUUUUCCUCUUUGCUUUUUAUUGUUUGCUGUUUUAACUUAGACACUUUUUGCCUCAGCCUGUGACAUUUUUGCUUACUAUUACAUACCUGCUUUUCCUUUGCCAUGAUUUGCAUGUAACCUGAGUUACACUGGUGAUGCGGAGGGUAUUUGGAUUUGACUUCAGGCUGGAUAUAUAUUUUUUAAUUUUAUUUUUGAAUUGCUUUUUAAUUUUUGCCUUUAAUUCAUUUAUUUUUUAAUUUAUUAUUAUUGUGAUCAUCUGCUUGCAGAACUGCAGCAAUGUUCCAGGGGUUUUAAAUAUUAUUUUUAACUUUUAUUUUUAGGGGUUUUUUUAUAUCGAUUUUUUCCUUGACCAGGCUACCAGCCUGAGCCCUGAGUUCCAGUAAUGGAAUGUAUUCGUAAAUCGACUUGCUGACUAUGUCACAGGGAAAUUACAAGGUUGCUACCCUACCCUGCAGUUCUUUCCUUUUGCACAGGAAACCAUCCAACAAACCAUUUGUGCCAAUCAUCCCCUUCUCUCCACCACUCCUGGUUGGCUUGCCAAAUCUGUUACUCACGGGUUUUAGAACCCAAAGCACUGAUAACUCAACUGGUUCUUGUUAGGAAUAAAUUAAUGGGGACACAGCUAGUUUGUUUCACAAAUGAUUGGCCCAAACAAGAGUGCUUUUACCUAAAAUGACUGUAUAUAUCGCUAGUAAUAUAGGCAACGGUGCUUAGUGCUGCAAAUCUUUAGGACAAGGUUAACCACACACAAGUUCAAUCGAAGGAGGAAGCUUUAAUUGGCUUUGAGGUUGCAGUUCAAACACGAACAAUCAUUUGGUUUUGGUACUGAAAUAUUUAACAGCUCAGUGUGGAUUGCACGGCCUGGGUGAAGUUCUGGGAUUGAGGUUUACAAUUAAAUGGACAGCUGCCUCCUUGGGUUCCUGUUUUAGGAUUUAUGAGGGUUGGUGAUCUGUUGUGUUAAUUUCAUCAUUUGACUAAAUUGAUAACAUGAUUGCAAUGCAAUAGCAUUGUUAUCGCAUUGAUUUACCGAUUUUGACUUUAACGUAAGUGUGUUCACCCAAUGGUUAAUUUAGUCAUGUAUAUAGCAGUUUAGUCUUAGUGAUGUGGGUUCUUGAUUUUGGGUUGUUGUUUUUUUCAGUUUAAUAAAAUGUA